CACAUCUGCAAACAAACUACUCCCACAGCCACAACAACCAACAAUCAAUGUUCAAUCCUGCCACCUUCCUCCGCCGGGGUCUCCCCGAAAUUCGCUCUACAACUAGCAAAUCCCUUGCCUUCAUUCGUCACGAAUCGAACACCCGCCGCCACACAAAGCGGCUCCGCCUGCCACCACACCCAGACUUCAAAACGCAUCUAACCACUGAUUCUCCCUCCCUAACACAAAUCCUCCAUAAUCCUCCUGCCGCUGCGCCUAGCGUCUUUGUCACUCCCACACUCUUCCUACCGAAAGACGACCCCCGCCGCGCCCUGCAAACAGCUGCAAGCCCUAUCAACGGCACCCCAGAAGAGCUAACACUCCCACCACCAGUCACAGAGAUCAAAGAGAAGAAAUACCACCUCACGCCCACGGACUUUUCGCGCAUGCGCUCGUUGAGGAAAUCGGAUCCGGGUCUCUGGACUAGGAGGAAGCUGGCGGAGGAGUUCGGAACGUCCAGUCUUUUUGUCGGGAUGGUUGCCGAGGCGGAUGAUGAAAGGAGGAAGAAGAUGUGGGCGAAGGCGGAAAUGGUUAAGAAGCAGUGGGGACCCAGAAGGAGGAAUGCCAGGAUUGAUAGGGCGAAGAGGAGGGAAGGGUGGGGAGGUGCGGAUGGGUACUAAGUUUGGGAGGUUGGAGAAAAAAAGGGGGGGGGUUGUAUUAUACAGCUUUCUUUUCUUACCUUGGGAGAGAGGGUUUAUAAAUAUAAAGGCGUUUUAUUGGCGUGAAGUAGGGGUUAUCGCGGGAUUGAUCGGUAAGGGUCUGUUCUGGGCUCAGGGGCAGUUGGUUGCCGAUUGACUCGGGGUUGCUGGAAACAGGGAAA